UGAUCCCUGCCACAGGAUUACUGUUUUAAAUUCUUCUGGAAUCUUCUCCUGAGAUGGAUCACACACUGAUCUUUCUUGGGGUGCUGCUACUUUCAGCCACAGCAUCUACAGAAUCUGGAGUAACUCCUAUGCCCAGUGAUCUUUCUUCAACAUCUGAACCUGGAUGUGGCGGCACAUUUUCAGACGCUACAGGCUCAUUUUUUGGCCCAUAUUAUCUUGGAGACAAUCGUGAUCAAAAGUGUGUCUGGAGAAUUGACUCCCCUGAGCACCAUCCAAUAAGAACAAACCUUAAUUAUGUAAACUUAAAUUGUGCUACUGAAUAUAUUGCUGUCUAUGAGGGAGAACCAGAGAGGUCACGUCUACUUGGGAAAAUAUGCGAAGGAGAAAGGACAUUUUUCUCUUAUUCAGGCCUGAUGACCUUGGUAUUAAACAGACAUUCUGAAACAGAAGGUCAAGGCUUCAUUGCAUUUUAUGAUGUAGGAGAGGCUUUCACAACUCCAUUGCCAAGAGCUGACCUCACAACUCGUCCUGAAGAACCAACUGCUCCAUCUACUCCUAUCAAAAUAACUAUCAUAUCAGAAAAGGCCCCUGCUACAUCUGCUACUCCAGCUCCACCUGCUAUCCAAACAACUAUCAAAACAGUCGUCACAGAAGCCCCUGCUACAUCUACUCCAGCUCCACCUGCUAUCCAAACAACUGUCAAAACAGUCGUCACAGAAGCCCCUGGUGAAUCUGUAAGACUGGCCAAUGGAAAAAAUAAAUGUGAGGGACGUGUUGAAAUCUUUCAUAAUGGAUUGUGGGGGACCGUCUGUGAUGACUCCUGGGACAUAAAUGACGCAACAGUUGUGUGCAAGCAACUCGAUUGUGGAAGUGCCGUCAGAGCACAUCAAAGCGCUUACUUUGGUCAAGGCUCAGGAAACAUAACUCUGGAUGAUGUAAAUUGUAGAGGGAAUGAAAACAGAUUGGAGGCCUGUUCUCAUGGAGGAUGGUAUCGUCAUAAUUGCAACCAUGGAGAAGAUGCUGGUGUUUCUUGCUCAGGUCAUACUACAGUUACUCCAGAACCAGAAAUACCACCUAGUGAAUCUGUAAGACUGGCCAAUGGAAAAAAUAAAUGUGAGGGACGUGUUGAAAUCUUACGUAGUGGAAUGUGGGGGACCGUCUGUGAUGACUCCUGGGACCUAAAUGAUGCAACAGUUGUGUGCAAGCAGCUCAAUUGUGGAAGUGCUGUCAAAGCAUAUGGAAGUGCUUUCUUUGGUCAAGGCUCAGGAAACAUAACUAUGGAUGAUGUGAAUUGUAGAGGGAAUGAAGACAGAUUGGAGGAAUGUUCUCAUAAAGGAUGGUUCCGUCAUAAUUGCAACCAUCGAGAAGAUGCUGGUGUCAUGUGCUCAGAUUCUUCUACACCUGCUCCUCCGGUGACAGAGACCACCCCUACAAAUCAAUGUGGAGGCCAGCUGACAAAUGCCCAUGGAUCCUUCUCUGGACCUUAUUAUCCCGGAAGCCACACCAAUAUGACUUGUGUCUGGAAAAUUCAAGUGAGGCGCUUUGAACGCAUAAAUUUAAAGUUCUCUUCUAUGAACUUGGACUGUGAUAAAGAAUAUAUUGAGAUUUUUGAUGGACUCCGAUAUAGUUCAUAUCCACUUGGAAGAACUUGUUCCAGCGCCUAUCUCAACUAUACCUAUUCAUCAACUUCCAACAUAAUGACAAUAGUGCUACAUAGAGAUUCAGGUUAUUCAGGAAAUGGGUUCUCUGCGCGUUACUACUCUAUUCCACCAGAACCUACUACUACACCUACUACACCAGCUUCUACUUCUAAAGAUAGAAGACUUUCAUGUGCUGAUGGAUUCAUGCGUGCACGGAUUAGCAUACCCUAUCUCAAUUCAAUCGGCUAUAAUGCAUCACAAGUUUACCUGAACUCCCUAGAUAGAUCAUGUUCAUCUCACAUUGCAGGCGAUUAUGUUUACUUUAUUAUACCAUUCUAUGGCUGUAACACACAGAUAAGGGUGAAGAAUGACUCGAUAAUUUAUUACAAUGUAAUCAAGACACUCAACUCCGAUUACAUUAUUACAAGAAAGAAAAACUUUCAAUUUCAUAUUUUGUGCGAAAUGAAGCAGAACACUAUUGUAGAAACAAUGUUUACUGCCCAAAAUGCUAUUGACCUUACUGAAAGGCGUAUUGGCCAUUACAAUGUGUCUCUGGCAUUCUAUUCAUCAUUAUCCUUCACCCAUAAAAUUCUGGGAUCACCAUACUACGUUUCACUCAACCAGAAUUUAUAUCUCCAAGCUACUCUGCACACUGCUGAUCCAAAUAUUGUACUCUUCUUAGACACAUGUAUCACAUCUCCUGAUAGUAAUGAUUUUAGAACCUUGACCUAUGACUUAAUCCGAAGUGGAUGCCCACGAGACUCUACUUAUAGAAGCCUGUCUUCACCAACAAACAAUGUAGUUCGUUUCCAGUUCAACUCCUUUAAGUUUCUUAACCAGCACAAUUCAGUUUACAUACAAUGUAAAUUAGUAGUGUGUAGAGCAGGUGAUCGUUCAUCUAGAUGCCACCAGGGAUGUUUACUGAGAAAAAAGAGAGCCGUGGAUGAAUCUCAGGAGAAGGUUAAUGUUGUUGUGGGACCACUCAAACUUCUGAAGGAUGAAAAUGAAGUUCAAAAAUGUUCAGAAAACACUCAGCAAUAUAGUAAGCAUGAAUCAGCUGUGUUUGGAUCAAUGUUACCUCUUGAUGCUAUGAAUUUGGAUGCACAGAAGCAAAAGAAGCAAUGGACACAGGAACUACGCUUAGUAAAUGGAUGGAACAGAUGUGCCGGAAGAUUAGAGGUUUAUUUUAAAGGAAUUUGGGGGACUGUUUGUGAUGACUACUUUAAUCCAAUCAACGCACAAAUAGUGUGUAGACAACUUGCAUGUGGCAAUGCAACUAAGGUGGUAGGAUGGGCGUACUUUGGCCAAGGAUCAGGGAACAUCAGUCUGGAUGAUGUAAAAUGCACAGGAAGUGAGCCCACCAUCUGGAAUUGUGCUCAUGCUGGGUGGUUCAAUAAUGACUGUGGACACAAUGAGGAUGUCGGUGUCGUUUGCUCAGAUGCUGCAUUACUACCAACAGGCAGUACAGAAAUAUCAACCCCAACUCCAUUUGCUACAUCUAAAGACCUUUCUACAACCUCCGUAGAUCUAACUACACAGGAAAUAAGAGAUUCCACAUAUUUCCCAACUAAAAAUCCUUUGAAACCACCCACCCAGCAACUGAGAAAGAAACUACUAAAGGAAGAAACAGUCAUGCCAGGCUUGGCAGCCACUUCUCAGACAACUGUAGAAGAGUUGAAAACAUCUGCUCCUACUUCUGUGAUUGAAAAAUCUCUGAGACUGGUGAAUGGAGAAGACAAAUGUCGUGGUCGCAUUGAGGUCUUUUACAAUGGAAAGUGGGGAACAAUUUGUGACGAUGGCUGGGACAUGAAUGACACACAAGUUGUGUGUAAGCAGCUUGCCUGUGGAGAGGCCCUGCAAGCCCUACCUAAUGCCGCGUUUGGGGAAGGAACUGGCAGCAUCUUCCUGGAUCAGGUCCAGUGCAAAGGGAACGAAUCCUCUCUUGAAGAAUGCUCCCAUAAACCUUGGGGCGUUCAUGACUGUCGCCACAAGGAAGAUGCUGGGGUCAUUUGCUCAGGUCCUGUUGUCACCACAUCACCACCUGACCUCUCUACAUCCUCUGCUAAGCUGACUACUCAGGGAAUAAGAGAAAAAUCUCUGAGACUGGUGAAUGGAGAAGACAAAUGUCGUGGUCGCGUUGAGGUCUUUUACAAUGGAAAGUGGGGAACAAUUUGUGACGAUGGCUGGGACAUGAAUGACACACAAGUUGUGUGUAAGCAGCUUGCCUGUGGAGAGGCCCUGCAAGCUCUACCUAAUGCCGCGUUUGGGGAAGGAACUGGCAGCAUCUUCCUGGAUCAGGUCCAGUGCAAAGGGAACGAAUCCUCUCUUGAAGAAUGCUCCCAUAAACCUUGGGGCGUUCAUGACUGUCGCCACAAGGAAGAUGCUGGGGUCAUUUGCUCAGGUCCUGCUGUCACCACAUCACCACCUGACCUUUCUACAUCCUCUGCUAUGCUGACUACUCAGGGAAUAAGAGAAAAAUCUCUGAGAUUGGUGAAUGGAGAAGACAAAUGUCGUGGUCGCAUUGAGGUCUUUUACAAUGGAAAGUGGGGAACAAUUUGUGACGAUGGCUGGGACAUGAAUGAUGCACAAGUUGUGUGUAAACAGCUUGCCUGUGGAGAGGCCCUUCAAGCCCUACCUAAUGCCGCGUUUGGGGAAGGAACUGGCAGCAUCUUCCUGGAUCAGGUCCAGUGCGAAGGGAACGAAUCCUCUCUUGAAGAAUGCUCCCAUAAACCUUGGGGCGUUCAUGACUGUCGCCACAAAGAAGAUGCUGGGGUCGUUUGCUCAGGUCUUGCUGUCACCACACCAACACCUGGUCCUGCUCACACCACACCACCACCUGACAUUUCUACAACAUCAGCAGAUCUGACUACGCAGGGAAUAAGAGAAAAGUCUCUGAGACUGGUGAAUGGAGAAGACAAAUGUCGUGGUCGCAUUGAGGUCUUUUACAAUGGAACCUGGGGAACAAUUUGUGACGAUGGCUGGGACAUGAAUGACGCACAAGUUGUGUGUAGGCAACUUGCUUGCGGAGAGGCCGUCCAAGCCCUACUUAAUGCCGCAUUUGGGGAAGGAACUGGCAGCAUCUUCCUGGAUGAGCUGAAGUGCAAAGGGAACGAAUCCUCUCUUGAAGAAUGCUCCCAUAAACCUUGGGGCGUUCAUGACUGUCGCCACAAAGAAGAUGCUGGGGUCAUUUGCUCAGGUCCUGCUGUCACCACACCACCAUCUGAACUAUCUACAACCUCUGCAGAUUUGACUACACAGAAAAUAAGAGAAAAAUCUCUGAGACUGGUGAAUGGAGAAGACAAAUGUCGUGGUCGCAUUGAGGUCUUUUACAAUGGAAGCUGGGGAACAAUUUGUGACGAUGGCUGGGACAUGAAUGACGCACAAGUUGUGUGUAAGCAGCUUGCCUGUGGAGCGGCCGUCCAAGCCCUACCUAAUGCCGCAUUUGGGGAAGGAACUGGCAGCAUCUUCCUGGAUGAGCUGAAGUGCAAAGGGAACGAAUCCUCUCUUGAAGAAUGCUCCCAUAAACCUUGGGGUGUUCAUGACUGUCGUCACAAGGAAGAUGCUGGGGUCAUUUGCUCAGGUCCUGCUGUCACGACACCAACACCUGACUUUUCUACAACUUCCACAGAUAUGACUACACAGGAAACAAGAGCUCCAACAAAAAUUACAUCAAAAGUGCCAGAAAAAUCUCUGAGAGUGGUGAAUGGAGAAGACAAAUGUCGUGGUCGUGUUGAGGUCUUUUACAAUGGAACCUGGGGAACAAUUUGUGACGAUGUCUGGGACAUGAAUGACGCACAAGUUGUGUGUAAGCAGCUUGCCUGUGGAGUGGCCGUCCAAGCCCUACCUAAUGCUGCGUUUGGGGAAGGAACUGGCAGCAUCUUCCUGGAUGAGCUGAAGUGCAAAGGGAACGAAUCCUCUCUUGAAGAAUGCUCCCAUAAACCUUGGGGCAUUCAUAACUGUCGCCACAAGGAAGAUGCUGGGGUCAUUUGCUCAGGUCCUGCUGUCACCACACCACCACCUGAUCUUUCUACAACCUCCAUGGAUCUGACUACACAGGGAAUAAGAGAAAAAUCUUUGAGGCUGGUGAAUGGAGAAGACAAAUGUCAUGGUCGUGAGGUCUUUUACAAUGGAACCUGGGGAACAAUUUGUGACGAUGGCUGGGACAUGAAUGAUGCACAAGUUGUGUGUAAGCAGCUUGCCUGUGGAGCGGCCGUCCAAGCACUACCUAAUGCUGCGUUUGGGGAAGGAACUGGCAGCAUCUUCCUGGAUGAGCUGAAGUGCAAAGGAAACGAAUCCUCUCUUGAAGAAUGCUCCCAUAAACCUUGGGGCAUUCAUAACUGUCGCCACAAGGAAGAUGCUGGGGUCAUUUGCUCAGGUCCUGCUAUCACCACAUCAGCACCUAAAAGUGCAUUGGUAACAACAACAAGCUCAUUGACUGUAAGAUUGAUGAAUGGCAAAAACAGAUGCCAGGGUCGCCUUGAAAUCUUUCACAAUGGGAACUGGGGAACAGUCUGUGACGACGGUUGGGACUUACCAGAUGCAAAGGUUGUAUGCAAACAACUUGCCUGUGGAGAAGCUAUGGAAGCCACCAAUGAAGCCUAUUUUGGGCAAGGCACUGGCAACAUCCUCCUAGAAAAUGUUCAGUGCAAAGGGAAUGAAUCAUCUAUAGAAGAGUGCUCCAAUUCAGGCUGGGGAACUCAUCAGUGUGACCACAAGGAAGAUGCUGGUGUCAUUUGCUCAGAAACAGUUUCCCUUACAACAAAGAAUCCCAUUAUACUUACUCCCUCAAGAAAUACAACAAAAGUGCCAGUUGGGGCACUAACUACUCAGAAUCCAACUACUAGACCUGUUCCUGCAGUAACCACACCACAUCCAAUUAUUCCAGCAUCAAAAUCUAUAGCUUUUCCUAACACUCAGAAGCCCACUCCUUCUGGCAAAUGUCUUUAUGGCUGCAAACUCACAGGUCCUUCAGGUUCAUUUUCAAGUCCAUUCUAUCCUUCAAACUACCCAAAGAAUUCUUACUGUGUUUGGGAGAUAGAGGUAGAGGAAAGACGUCAUGUAGAACUCAAAUUUGAAGAUUUCAGAGUGGAAAUUACCAGGUUCUGCACGGUUGAUUUUGUGGAGAUCUUUGAUGGUCCUUUCUCAACAUCCCCUUCAUUUGGAAAAAUUUGUUGGAGUCCACGAAAGAGAUACAUAUCCUCAUCAAACAAAAUGAGAAUUGUAUUUAUAAGUGAUUCUAGCAUGAGUGAAAGAGGCUUUCUUGCACACUAUCGAGAAGUGCCUCCAAGGAAAACUGUGAUUCCAACCCUGCCGCCACCACCACCACCAACUACCACAGUGGCCACGAUAGCCACUCUUCCGGAUGAUACCACAGAUUUUGUAACACUUUCUUGCUAUACGGAAUACAUGAAGGCAGUUAUUGGGAAACAAUAUCUCAUUUCAAAGGGCUGCCUUGACUGUAAUUUGUACAUAAGCGAUGCUACCUGUACACCUGACAUUUCAAAAGAUAAAAUUACAUUCUAUAUACCGUAUGAUGGUUGUGGAACCAAAAGAGAAAAUUAUGGGAAGAUAAGCACUUUCACCAGUAUCGUCAGCAGCACUGGGAAUGGUGUAAAUCCUCAGUUUCGAUUCAUCUGUAAAAUGGAGCCCAGCAAAAAUAUGGAAGUCACCCACAACAUUGAUGAAUUUGAAUGCACAAACCAAGGGCCAAGAUUUCAUAUGGAAUUUUUAUUUUAUGAGUCACCUUUCUUUAAACAGCCAAUAAAUAACAUGGGUUACUUUAUGAACCUGAACCAGAAUGCAUACAUCCAAGCCACACUCUACAGCUUUGAUAGAAAUCUGAUAUUAUUCAUGGACUCUUGUGUGGCAUCCCCUAAUCGUUACGACUUCACAACUGAAACUUAUGUCAUGAUAAAUAGAGGAUGCAAAAUGGAUAGUACAUACCAACUUUUUUCUUCAAGGAACAGGAGAAACAUCAGCUUCAGAUUUAAAUCGUUCACUUUGCGCAACAACUAUUCUACAGUUUAUAUUCGCUGCAAUAUACUCGUGUGCAAAGCACUGGAUUAUUCCUCUCGUUGCUACCAAGGCUGCUAUAAAAAUAAUAGAAUAACAUGGAAAUAAUUUUUCUGGGCUAUUCAUACUUACCAAACGAAUAGCAGCUUGAAUGCAAUUAAAUGCAUGGUCUUAUCAUGCAAAUCCUUCUCAAUAAUGACAAUUUUUCACAUGAUUGCAUUGCAGAAUUGAAUUAUUCAAUGUUUAAAUGUUCUCACUGUUGUGCUUUUAUCUAUCGUCCUCAUUCCUGUCAUCUGGUUCACUUUGAUUUGAUGUGGGGACAUUUACAACUCUUUUGCCUUAAUUCAUCAUGCUUAAUUAGUUUAACAAGCUAGCGAAAUAAAUAAAGAUAGGUAGAAACA